UAAGAUUCUUCCCCUGAAUGAUGGAUUGAAUCUAUGAAUCAAACAGAUCUCGCGUAGAACCACAGCUUACCUGACUUACAUUAUCAGCAUUAUAUGAUUGUGAUGCUUAGUUAUGUUUUGUUUGUUUACUUUCAAUGCAGAAUCAAAGAAGUUAUCAACUGAGCGCCAUGCACCCUUCUUCACUACUGGCAUCAGUCCUUUCACCAGAUCAGGUUGCCAGUCUUCUGGCAGUCUUGACGGUCCGGUUCAACACCCUUUUGGCGAAUUGAGCAGUCCCUUCAGUACUAACAGCAUCGUCAUUGCCGCCGCCACCGCCGCAUCGGGAACCAGCUCUUUAAGCAACCCAUUCAGCGGACCUCCAGUUAUGCUGGCGAGCAUGAUGCCUGUACAUAAUUCCUCUACAGCCCAAUUUGGAACCCCUUUUCCCUCUCCACAGAGCAAAUCCAUCUCGAGGACAGCAUUAAGCAACAACAUGUUCUGCAGUCGUCCUCUGUUCAGCAAAUCCCCAGCGUCCAGUGGCAGCUGCAGUCGUUCUCUGUUCAGCGAAUCCCCAGCAUCAGGUGGCAGCUCGAUAUUUCUUCAUAACAAUCACUUUUCUCAUCCACCUGCAUACAGCUUCUCAACACCACCUGUAAGCAAUUCUAUUGCUGGCUGUGCAGCAUUACCAGAGCCUGCGGCAAUGCACAAUGUUUUUAAUUUCUCAAACGCCACAUCCACUUGUAAGUCUCAACCCAACCCAUUUUGGAACUCCCCCUUCAAGAGCAGCACCGAAGGAGACGGGGAAAAGAUCAGCAACCCGGCUUUUCCCUUUGGACGGCAGCCCAGCAGCAGCGAGAAAACAACAGUGUCCGACUAUGCCCCAACGCUGGCUCCAGAAGAUCAGAUGAAUGGAGGUGGUCUCCAAAGAUACAUGUCUGUGUCCACCAUGCCUUCCAAUAAAGACAGGAGUCAUGAAGAAUUAAGAUGGGAACGCCAUGCAUCAAAAGAAUCAAAGCAGGAGUCAUCUUUUGAAGGGUUUGCUCCGUCUGCUGCUCCUGCUAUCAGCAAACUGUUCGCUCCAAGCACUGCCACCAAACCAUCUGUCAGCAGCAGCUUCAUCGCCCCAUUUUCCCAACCUUCAUGGUUCACACCAAGUGCAGUGAAGCUGGCUUUCCAGUUCUCAAUGGCCUCAUCUGGUGGUCCAUCGAGCAACACCACAUACAGCGUCACCAAUCCCAACCUUGGAGGCGGCUCAAUCUGUCAAUGUAAUGCCUCCACUAAACCACCCGCAUUUAGUUUCCCAUACACUGCUGCUGCCAUCACCAACUCCCAUUUUGGACCUUCGAGAAAUUCCGCUCCUGGCAGUGAGUCUACUAAUGUCGCUACAGAUUCUGGCACCAAAAAAACCAGUGAUGACUUCAUACCUCCCACGCCUUUUGGCCGUCCGAGCACCCUAUCCACCCAAAAAACUCGAUCAUCAAAAUUUCCCUUCAAAAGCAAACUUGAGGGAGAUGGCAGAAAGAUGAGACCUAACCCAACAAUUUGCAGCAGCUUUCGGCAAAUAGAAGCCUCCACAUAUGCCCCAAUGCCAGCUCCAACAGUAUGUCCGCACACAAAAUCCACGUCUGCAUCUGCUGCACCUGACAACAAGCACAAGGAUCCUGAAGAAUUAAGAUGCCAAUGCCACAAAUCCAAAGAGAAAGUUGGAGAACAGGUUGAUCCAGUCAGUGUGAUGGCUUCGUAUGAUCCUCACUCAUUUUAUCCAGUUAUGAUGCUUCCGGUGAUUCCCACCUUUACCCACAGUUUUGGUGCCGUCCCUUGGGAUAUGAUUUCUGGACCCCACACAAGCUUUUAUGGUCAAACACUUCUUGGAAGGAAUGUUCCUGUUCUUCUUGUUCCGUCUAACUCAAUGGGGCUAAAAUGCUUCCCUACCACAGUUUCUGGGGGAAACUAUUUUCCAUCCUUCAACAUAUAGCCCAUGACAGCAGCGUCUGAUUC